AUGGAUAAAGAAGAGGACAAGGACGAGAUAUUGGAGACUGUGGAAGAUAGGCGUGGACGAGGAUUUAACGAUGGAGGAGAGAAGAAUGAGAUGGAGGAUGGUAGAAAAAGCGAAGAUGGAAAGAGGGUACGGAAGAAGCGUGGUGAAUUAAAUGAACCAGAUUAUUUAUCAAUUACCGAAAAAGCUUUAAUACAUGAUCAUUCUAAACAAAAUAGAAUUCAAACAAGAAGACAAACAGCAAGACAAAAUAUUGAGCAAAAUAUAAUAACUGACGAGCUGCAUAACGACGAGGAAGAGAUUGAUGAAAUCGAAGAAAGAAACGAUUCGCCUGAUAAAAAUUGUGAUAGUGAAAAGGAAGACGAAGAAGAAAACGAACAAGAUAUUAGUAGUGAUAUAAGGCCGGAUCUCUAA